AUGAAUAUGCAAAAUUUUCCACCAAACGGGUUGUAUCAUAAUGGCGUCUGGUAUAAUAACACCACGCAGCCAUUCAACUCGUACCAGCCGGCGGAGGGCGGGCCUGUGUCCGUGCAAGUGCCGGUGGUACCCCAAGCGACGUAUGAAGGGCAGCCAUUUUUCUGCCACCCAACUCAGUUGCUGGAGAAUCCGGGCCAGGGCAAUGCAAGUGCCGCUUCCGCCGGAGGUGCUGUGGAGGCACAGGCUCAGGUGCAGCCGCCGGUCGUCUAUCAGCAGCCGUGCCAGAUGGUGCAGCCGAUGCAGGUGAUGCCAACUGCAGCCACCAAUCAGCCGGACAAUCAGUCGGCCUACAUCUAUCAGCCGUACAAUCAAACUUUUCAGCCGAUGCAGUUGGUCGUUGCACCACCGAACUCACCGCAAGGGAUUGGAGCCCAGGCGAAUGGAGUGCCACAGAAUGGGGGCCAGUUGCUUGGAGCUGCCAAUGUGCAGCAGGCGAUGCAGGUGCAGAUGCAACACCCAAUGCAGGUGCCGCAACAGAUGCAUAUGCAAAUGCAGCAGCAAAUGCAUAUGCAGAUGCAGCAGCCAAUGGAGUCGCCGAUGCAGGCACCGAUGCAUCAGCUAAUGCAGGUGCCGAUGCAGGUGCAGAUGCAGCAGCAGGCUUUAAAGGAGCCGCCGAUGCAGGUGCCAAUGCGGAUGCAACAGGCAAUGGAUCCACCAAAGCAACAUGCAGUGCAGGCUUUAAAGGAGGCGCCGAUGCAGGUGCAGAUGCAGCAGCCGCUGCAGGUGCAGAUGCUGCAGCCAAUGGAUCCACAAAUUCAGCAGCGAAUGCCGCAGGAUUCAGGAGCAGCUGCAGCAGCUUUAGCGCUCGCGCCACCAGUGGAGCCAAAUUAUCCUUAUAAGAUCUACAACUAUCAGGAUGGGACUGGCCAACCGAGACAAGCAGCACCGGCACUGCCACCACUACCGCCACCGCCUGCACCACCGCAAUUGGCAGCACCACAAGCAGCAGCCCAGUCGGUGGAGCAGCAGCCAGGAUUCUGCAUGCAAUGCUGCUACCCGUGCUGCACCAAUCCGGUGGUUGGCGCACCGUCCGCCGAGCAGCCAGCUGAGGCCGAGUCGGAGCUGCUCGAGAUCGACAUAGCUGUGGCCAGCGACGUCUACAUAACCCGCACGAACGAGAAGCUGAUGGUCACCAUUUACAAGCAGAAGAAGUCGACCAAAUCUGAAUUCUCCCAGAACGUCUAUAUAAAUGGGGGUCCGCCACCUGAGGCCCACGUGCAGGCUGAACCGGACAGCAACGCGGCCUCUGCUCCUGCCAGUCAGCCAGCGAACCCGGUCGGCUACAUUGCUGCACCACCGUCUGAGGUCUCUCAUGAAGCGGCUGCCAAUCAAGCACCACCCCAGGCCCAAAUGGAGCCUACUAAUGUUUGCGCCCGGGAGCAGCCGGAGCCCAAGAUUGCUCAAGCAAACGAAAUGGAGCAAUUCAAACCGCGCAUUCUGUCUUUCGAUGAGAACGGUCAAUCGCGUUUCUCUGAAUGCGACGACAUAGAAAGACACUGGCAUCAGGAGAUACGGGAUAAAAUGGACAAUCAGUUGGACAAGGAAAUAGAACAAACACUAGAAAAUCAAUUACAGCUCAAAAUGGAACCUAAAAUGGAAAAUAAUACCGAAAAUUCUACGGAAGGUCCGUACGAACAGCUUCGAGCACCGCGUCGCGUCAUGCAACCCAUCAAUCCAAUGCCGAUAGUUAGGCCACCGAGAGACGACACAAAACAUUACAGGACUAACUUUUCAGGUUAUAAACACGGUCAGAGCUCAUUGCGCGAGAAGCCUGAAUUUGUCGUCAAGGAAAUCCUUAAAUCCACCAAGCAAAUACAGCAGCUAUCCAAAAACAAUGCGAAAGCUGAUGAAACUCCAAUGAACGGCUCUCAUUUGCAGGCGGAGCAGACUUUGGCUCCAAAGAACGAUUCCCAUUCAAAGACUGAGCAAACUUUGGCUCCAAAGAACGAUUUCCAUUCAAAGACUGAGCAAGCUUUGGCCCCAAAGAAUGAUCUCCAACUAAAGACUGAGCAGACCUUGUCUCCAAAAAACGAUACCCAUUCAAAGACUGAGCAGACUUUAGCUCCAAAGAACGAUUCCAAUUCAAAGACUGAGCAGACCUUGGCUCCAAAGAACAAUUUUCCAUCAAAGACUAAGAAAACCUGGGCUCCAAGAAACGAUUUCCAUUCAAAGACUAAGCAGACCUGGGCUCCAAAAAACUAUUCCCAUUCAAAGACUAAGCAGACCUGGGUUCCAAAAAACGAUUCCCAUUUAAAGACUGAGCAGACCUUGACUGAAAAUAACGUGAAAGCAACUAAGGCUACAUCAAAUUCAAAUCAAAUCAACUCAAACAACAGGCAACAGCUGUCGCAAAACUUCGAUAAUUUGAUAGUUAACAUAGCUCCGGGAAAUGGAAACAACAUUCAAACUGUUCAGGCCUCAAGUUUAAUACAGCCAGUCACUGAAGUCAGCUGCGUAUCUCAGUCUCAGGCUGUGGAACCAAAGACUGAGUCCAUUACACCAGAGAGUCCGAAACCAGCUCAAGGCCCUCCCCAGGAACCAUCGAUCCAGCCGAAUCGAAAGACAGAACCAAAGAAAAGCCCUGUAGAUUCGCCAGUUUCAAAAACAGCAAAACAAGACAAUUCUAAACAGAUUCAGAAGCCAAAGGGCAUACCAAGGAUUUCCAAGAAGCAAGCUAACCUCUUGGCACGUAGGAACCAAAGGCCAUUCCAGCUGCAAGCUGACAGAUCAAGCCCGAAGAAGCCGCAAUCGAUAGCGAGCUUUGCUCCACUCAUCUAUAAUCUAUCAGGUCCGGAGGGUCUGCGCGAAGGGUCGUCUACUCAACAGAAGUCUGCUGUAAAUGUGAAGGGCUCAGCCGAAAACUCAUUAGCGAAAUCAAGUCAGAGCAGCCCGAAUGCAAAUCGAGAAACUACCAAAACAGAUUUACUAAGGGCAUCUCCAGUGAUUCCGAGGUAUGCUCCAAAGGCCUCCUCGGCAUGGAAUAAAUCCCCAGAGAGUACGCCGCAAGUAAGCCCAAGGGAGCCCAAGCCUGUAGUUCCAGAAAAGACAUAUCAGCCCCCUAGUCCAAAGGUUGAUCAUCGCAAUUCAGCACAAACCGCAAACGAGGCGACAUCUUCUACAAAGGUUCAAUCCAAGUUGGCUCAGGUCAAAGAUCAAAUUGACGAUCUGAGUUCAAAGUGCGUUACUCCAGCCAGAGCGAGUAACCCAGUUUUGGCACCGGCCAAGCAAAAUCGAUCUGGGCGAGAGGCACAUGCUCGUAAUAACGCAUCAAAGGCUCCUAACUCAAAAGCUCAAGCCAAACAAAAGGGUCAUACGACGAAAAAGAAAUCAUCCGAAUCUGCUCCAUUGAAUAAGUCAUCAAAAAAAGUUGGCGCACAGCAAGCAACGAAGGUUCUUCCAAUAGUAAAAGAACCUAUUAUUAUACAGUCGGUAGAGAUCAUCAGGCAGCCAGAUAAGCCAUACAAUCAACCAAAAUCAGCAGCUGCGGACGCAAAGCCAAUAGCUACAGAAGCUGCUGGAAAGGAUUCCAAAGGCGUUAUGAAAAAUCAAGCUACCCUAUCUACAGAAGAUUCGGCUGCAGCUGAGGUCAAGAAAAGUGACUUGAAGCCAGAUGAAAGUGGCGAUCAGUCGCUAGAAUUGGAGCGGAAUAAGACUGAAGUAUCUGAAGCAGGUGCUGAAAUGGAGGGUGCUAAAUCGGUAGAGCUACAGAAAGGAUUCAAGGACGGGGAUGUGGAUUCAAUGAAAACUCAAUCGAACAUAGCGCCAUGCCCUGAUAGCUGGGAGGAGUUAGCGAAAGACGAAGUGAGAGUAAUGCAAUCCCUUUCUGAAGAGAUGGAGUCCAAUCAGGUAGCUAACGAGGAGGUAGACUCUGAGACAAUUCAAUUGCCCUUCUCCACAGACAAUGAGCUAAUGGUGGACCUGGACAAAAACGUAAAAACGUUAAUUAUGGAGCUCAUACAGACGGUGGAGCAUACAUUGUUUCAUAGCCAGGAGGUGGAUUCAAAUACAAACCAAUCAACACCCAGUGAUAGGAACGAGGAGCUAGAGAAAAGCGAGGAGGUGCUGGAAGAGAGAAAUCUGUUGAACUCGGCUUCAGAGGGUACUACGUCGGUGGAGGUAGAGCAACACGACGAGGAGCAAGGCUUGAAGGGUGCCACAUCGGUAGAGCUGAAGGAAUCUCAAUCAGAAGGAGUUACAUUAACUAAAAUCAAUGAGAACAGUCCAGGGUCAGCCUCGAAGGAUGCUAAAAUCAAUAUGCUGCUCACUCACAGUGACAUAAAAUUAGCUUUGGAGGAUGCAAACCAGAUGGAGAACAAUGCAGUCAGUCAGGCCAGCUCAGGCGAAGCAGGGUUAGAGCUCAAUGUAAGUGAAAGCGAAUCGAAAAUAGAUGCCAAUAUAGAUCAAACAAAAAGUUCGGAAAAUUCAGAAAGUACAAUAGCAGCGAAUGAGGGGGACGUGGUAAACGCCAAUCCAGGCGAGCCAGACAAAGAUAAAGAUGAUGCGGAGGUACAGCCUUUUGGCAUGCAGCAAAGGAGUACGCUAAAAAAGAAAAGUCCGAGACUCUCGAGAAUGGAGCGCAAGGCGAUGCGACGCGAGGCAAAGAAGGCGCUACUCGAAUCGCUGGCCCAAAAGAAGAAGGAAGAGGCCGAAGGCAAUGAUAAGCAACCAAGUGAGCAGGCGAACGAGGAGGCGUCGGAAAAGCCCAAGGACAAGAAGAAGAAGAAGAUUAAGAUAUAUGGCUUCGAAAGGGAGGAUAGUUCCGAAUCAAGUUCCGAGGAGGAAAUCGAUAGCCCGGAAUUGAAUGAUAUCAGCAACCCACUUUUGCGACGCAAACUCAAUUCAAUCAUUCAGAAAAUUAAUAAGCUGUAA